GUGGCUAGGAUGGCAGCUAAUGGGACUGCAGAGAUCCAACAAGUUGGAAAACCCAGUAGGACAUACUCAAUGAAAGGAAAGGAUAUUGCAUCAAGAAAAGGAAAAACAAGGCCCCCACUUAAUUUCCUGUCGAUUUUGCAUAAUGCAAAGAAAACGAUCGACACGUCUUGUCCCGAUAAGCUGUGUAAGCAGCUCUACACUGGAGUAUUCUUAGAAGACAAGAAACUGAAGUAUUUUGUCGACGAGAACACAAACAAGAAUUGCUUCAUGCUUUUUGCAAGGAAACUUGAUAUCUGUUGGAUUGAUAAUCCUAAAUAUUGGAAAUGGAUCGAAGAGGAGACAAGUGGUGAAGAGAUUGAAGUGGCUGAGCUAAUAGAGGUAUGUUGGUUCGAUAUUAGAGGGAAGUUUGAUAGAACAAUUGAUCUCUCACCAGGAGCAAUGUAUGAAAUUGUUUUUGUCGUGAGGAUGAUUGAUGACGAUGUGUACCAGACUCAUAUAUCAAAUUGUACAGUGACGCUUGUCAUGAUUCUCCCGCGUUCAAGAACGCAACGUAAUGAAAGUUUAGAAGGAAAGCCUGUAGAAGAAUGGUUUGAGAUCCUGGUGGGUGAGUUUAUCAUGUCACCAGAAAACGUUGGAAGCGUCGAAUUCUCCAUGGAGGACCAUGGUCCAGACUGGAAGGGUGGGCUUAUUGUGAAAGGUGCUCUCAUUCGGCCCAAGGUGUAAAUAACUUUAGGCACUUGGAUGGUUGGUAAACUUCUCUAUAUCCCAAGAAUAUCCAAUGCAAUUAAUGUGAGAACAUGUGUAGUGGAAUACGUAAGCAAAUUAUUAUUAUUAUUAUUUUGUAGAAUGCUUGUAUGAUAUAUUUGUCCUAAUUUUUUGUAUGAGAUUGCAUGGAUUCAUGGGUCUAUAUAUAUUUGAGUCAUUAGAAUUUA